GUGGUGGGAGGGAGCAACAGCAGCAAGCAAGCGAGCUCGCAAAAGAGAGGAAAAGGCUGGCAGACCGCAGAAUAUAAACCUGUAUGUUGAGAUCGGGAGAAAAGCUAGUGGUGUUGAGCAGGUUUUAGAGGCUAGACUGGCAUCAAGAGGUGCAUGGGCUUCCCUGCUAAUUGUGGAUGAGAGCGAAACAAGGUAGAUACCGUGGAGGCUACCUACAAACACUGGGCUUGUCUGUAAACCACACAGGAGAGGUGGGUUAGUGGGAAGUCAAUGACCCCCCUCAUCAUUUUUAUCUGGGGAAAAGAGAGAAGAGUGACAGAGAGAGAAAAGAAAGAAAAGGAAGGUGGCAGUGAGGGAUAGGGGGCCAUUGCUCUCUCUCUCUCUCCCUCUCUUUAUUCUUUCCCCCCAUUCACAAAUUCAUUGCAUCCCAUUAUCACCGCGAUGUAGUGGCGUUCAUGCCAAUUGGAGGAGGAAGGGUCCCAUUGACUGUUGAGGCUGAACCCCUCUUCAGCCCUACGCAGCCCUUUUCAUUACCAAUCCCCAUCUCUCCCUUUCCUCUCCCUCUCCCUCACGCCCGUCUGCUGUUUUCUCCCGGUUGUUCUUUUCAUUGUCCAUUUCACACUGCUCAGAAGGCAUUCCCUUUUGGGUAAAAGUGGGUGUUUCUGGAGCUCAUUGUUUGGUUCUGCUACAAAGACAGCUGAGCGGGAGCGAGAGAGAGAGCGCUACAGAGAGAGAGAGAGAGAAUAGAAGAGGAGCCUGAAAGAAAAGGGGGGACCUGGGACUACAUGGAAGAACUGACACCCACUGGAAGAGACAUUUUAAAAGCAUCUGCCAACCAUUUUAAGAUAGUGGUUAGAAUUUUCCGCUUGCCGCUUAUUGUUGGAAUAAAAGCCACAGGCUGCCGAGCCAAAGCACUGGCGACCGGUUGGUUUAUGCUACAUUCUGUUGCUAAGCAAGUCUCUCUAACCUGAAGUUCUUGUUGAGGAUCACUCACCCAAACUGCAACCAUGAAGGGGGACUCCGAGGAAAGCAUCGAGAGCAUCCGGCCUUCAAACCUGCAAGCCUUCGCCAACAUGUCCACUCUACAUGGCAUGAGCCACAUCUUUGCCUACGGGCACAUGACGUUUCGCCGCUUCCUGUGGACGCUCUCCUUCCUGGGCUCGUUGGCCUUGCUUAUGCUGGUGUGCAUGGACCGCGUGUCCUACUACUUUGAGUAUCCUCACGUCACUAAACUGGAUGAGGUGGCGGCGCCCAACCUCACCUUCCCUGCUGUGACCUUCUGCAACCUCAAUGAGUUCCGCUUCUCCCAGAUCACCAGGAACGACCUGUAUCACGUGGGGGAGCUCCUGGCCCUCCUGAACUCCAACUACCAGAUAGCCAACACUCAUCUGGCUGAGCCUGAGGUGCUGGCCGCCCUCAAGGAUAAGGCCAACUUCCUCAACUUCAAGCCCAAGCAGUUCAACAUGACAGACUUCUACAACCGCACGGGCCAUGAUAUCAGUGACAUGCUGCUGCAGUGCACGUUCCGGGGAUCGGAGUGUUACCCAUGGAACUUCAGUACCAUUUACACGCGGUAUGGGAAAUGCUACACCUUCAACUCUGGCUUGGACGGCAACCCGUUGUUGACGACGUUAAAAGGCGGGACAGGAAACGGGCUGGAGAUCAUGCUAGACAUUCAACAGGAUGAAUAUUUACCUGUUUGGGGAGAGACAGACGAGACCUCGUACGAAGCAGGCAUCAAGGUUCAGAUCCACAGCCAGGACGAGCCUCCUUUCAUUGACCAGCUGGGAUUUGGUGUGGCCCCUGGUUUUCAAACUUUUGUGUCAUGUCAGCAGCAACUGCUUCAGUACCUCCCUCCCCCUUGGGGAGACUGCAAGUCCACUCCCAUCGACUCUGAGUUCUUCUCCACAUACAGCAUCACAGCCUGCCGUAUCGACUGUGAGACACGCUACCUGGUGGAGAACUGUAACUGCAGGAUGGUCCACAUGCCGGGGACCUCAAUGGUAUGCACACCCGAGCAGUACAAAGACUGUGCAGACCCAGCUUUAGACUUCUUGGUAGAAAAGGACAAUGACUACUGUGUGUGUGAGACACCAUGCAACAUGAUACGCUAUGGCAAGGAGCUGUCCAUGGUGAAAAUACCCAGUAAAGCCUCUGCCAAAUAUCUGGCCAAGAAAUUCAACAAAACUGAGCAAUACAUCGGAGAAAACGUACUAGUUCUGGACAUCUUCUUUGAGGCGUUGAAUUAUGAGAAGAUUGAGCAGAAGAAAGCGUAUGAAAUUGCAGGGUUGCUUGGUGACAUCGGAGGUCAGAUGGGUCUGUUCAUUGGAGCCAGUGUUUUAACGAUACUGGAAAUAUUCGACUACUUAUAUGAGGUAUUUAAGGAUAAGGUUUUGGGUUACUUCAUGCGCAAGAAGCGACCACAGCGUUGUCCGAGUGACAAUCUGGAGUUUCCAGAGAACCCAACCAGCCCUGGUGUCACGCCUAAUCAUGCCCCCAGAGCACCUGUGACACCCUCCGGAGUCACUCGGACAGUCUCGGAUUCACACCGAACAUGUUACCUCGUCACCCGACUCUAGGCAACUUUGAGGAGUUUGCUUGUUGACAACAUAAAACAGGGUGGGACCUGGGAUCUUUGGGGUUUGACAGCAAACUGUGAAAUAACGUAUAUAUUAUUACCAACAUGGUCAGUGAUAAAUACUCAAAGAGUAGUAGGAUCUGUGAAUUGCCUGAAUAGAAAUAGAAUACUAUCAUAUGAAUAAACCACUUUUAAAACAGAACUCAGGUGAUAGGGCCAUAUCAAGGCAUCGACUCUACACUAUGUAUUGGAUGUUUCAUUCAUGUUGCAUUCUCUUAAACAGGGUGACAUUAGAGUGUGUUUGAAUCGGGUUUAAUCAGCCUAUUAAAGUUUCAGCUUAGUAAUGUAAAUGGAAAGGCCUUCAGAGCRGUCUCAUUUUAUCUCAAUUUAUACACCUUUGUAAUCACAGUCCGUUCUGGUGUGCUGAAUAUCGAACCGAGAGGCUAGCGAUGGUUAGCACGUGUAGCAUCACCAUAUCCAGGUCCAUUCAUAAAUAGAACAAGAGAGGAGGUUGAAAGAUAUCUUUCUGGUACCACUCUUUCAUUUAGUAUACCUCAAUGUGAGUAAGAUAAUUCAGAUUUCAGUGAUGCCUACUCAACUAUGAUCACAAUGCUCAAAGGAGCUGACUUGAAUCCCAGUAGUAGACUGCUGUUGUAAUUGUUGCCUUGUUGUACUCAAAUUAUUCUGUUCUGAGAUUCUUGAUCAUCUCAUUGAUUUGAAGUAUAAUACCAAGUGAUGAAAGCCUCUUGCGUAAGGUUCCAAGACGAUACGCUUUUGCAAGAUUACUGAAUGCCAUUCUUGUUUACAAGUUACAUACUGAAGAGGGGAAAACAAGUGUGUAUGUUUGCACAAAUGAACAAUCACAAACUUUUCCAUCGAUUUUUGGAAAAUAGGAACAUUGUCCAUGGUUAUGUAUAGUGCUCCGCUCAAUGUUUUCUAUCUGUUUACUGCUGAAAAACAAUUCACAUCAAUGACUAAAUGUUAUUCUGUCGUGGUUUCUCAUUUUUGGGGGGAUAGUGUUAUCAGACUGGCUGGACUGUCACUGGAAAAGAGCACCAUUCACAGGAGUCUGCUAUAACUUGGCCUCCUGCUUUUUCACCACUUUCAUUAGAAUAGAUAAACAAGCAAGACAUUGCACCCAUCCUUAAAGUUAACAUAUGUGGGUGUUGAAAUGGUUUUGUUCCAUGGCCAUGGCUUUUAACUGCUACAAAACACUCAUUAGCACAAGUCCCCUGUGAUAGUAAUAGAUUCUCUAUUGGAAACUAGUGAAAUACAAAACGUUUUCAAGGUGGUGUUCUAAAUAUUGAUUGAAAUGUGUAAAUACUAGAUAAAAAAUAAGAAAUUAAAUCUUGCUCGUAUGUUGAUAUAUUUAAAUGCAAAAAAAAAAUUAUAGAAAUAUCCAUUAUUGCUGUUGCACCAUAAGGGAAUUAGAGGACAUUGCAUUUGGAUGGGAGCAGCUCACUUGCCAUACGAACACACGAUGGCCUACCCCAAGGAUUGCCUAUUAAUCUGUGUUGAUACCCAAGUUGACCUCAAGUGUCUUCCAGCUUCCAUUCAAUUUCAGGACCGGACACCGAGACAGUUUAUUACAGUGCUUCAAAAACAUUCUAUUCAGUUCAKUUGGUUUGUAACACUGAAACGCAUUGUAUAACUGCAUUAUUAUAUACUAUUGUUAUUGAAAUUUCAGUACAUGUAAUAAGACUCAAAUAACAGUCAGUUUGUGAUGUGUAAAUGAUCAAAUAUAAUAAACUGUAUAUUUAACCACC